UUAUUCAUGUCAAAACCUCGUACCUGCCCAUAUAUAGGAGAAAACAGAGAGAUGUCAGCCUAAUGAACAAUGGCUUCCAUGUUUUCCAAAUGGAAGCACCUCACUUUUCCUCUCCUCAUGCUCUCAACUGCCCUUCUAUUUCUCUUCACAAACUACCUAUUUUUCACCAUCAACUACACUAGACACUUGCAAGAUGAGUUUCAAAACAUGACCACAUACCUUAAUAGUUUAAGAGACCCUGAGUGGUUUGACGUUGUCUCAGGGGAGAUCAUGAGAGAUCAAAAGAUCAAAAUAGGACAGACCAACAUGGAUCGGAUCAGGGGUGAACUUCACACACGUGCAAGGAAGAACAUGACCGCCUACCUUAGAAGCACGAGGAACCCUAAGUGGUUUGAGGUUGUUGCACGGGAGUUCAAAGAUGAAACAAUCAACAUAGGGUUGGUCAACAUUGAUGAGGAGAUUAUGGAUGGACUUCAUGCAAAUGCAAAGAUGGUAAAGGUACACUUCAACCCUGUGGGGGAGGACAUUCGAUGGUCUGACUUGGCUCCUGAAAGGAUUGAUGAAAAUUCAAAAUGUCCUAAUAUUCCAAUGCCAAUUUUCAAGGAUUAUGAACAGUUGGAUGUAGUAGUUGCUAGGGUUCCUCAGUCGAAAUGUGAAGAUGGUGGGUCGAGGAAUGUACUUAGGUUGCAAGUAAACCUAGUGGUGGCUAACUUACUAGUUAGAAGCGCAAGGAAGAAUAACAGGGCGGUGUUUGCCGUAUUUGUGGAGUCAUGUGACCCUAUGUGGGAGAUUUUUAGAUGUGACGACCUUUUAUGGAAUACCGGCAAUUCUUGGGUUUACAAACCUGAAUUGACGAGGAUUAAUCAAAUCCUGCUCAUGCCUAUCGGCCCAUGCCAAUUCCUUCCUCCAUUCUCCCAUCAUGGUGAAGAAGCAUGGACGAAGCUCAGACACAUAGCCCGCCAAACCAACCACCACCUCCAACAGCCAAGAGAGGCGUACAUCACCAUCCUGCACACCUCAGAAGACUACGUCUGCGGUGCAAUAGUCUUAGCCCAAAGCAUUAUCCAAUCGAACUCAACCAAAGACCUCAUCCUCCUUGCCGAUGACAACAUCUCACCGGAAUCCAUCGUGGGUCUCCGCGCCGCCGGCUGGAAAACCAAACGCAUCCGCCGCAUACGCAGCCCAUAUUCAAGAAAACACUCCUACAACGAGUGGAACUACAGCAAACUCCGAAUAUGGCAGCUCAAACAACUCUACGACAAACUAAUAUUCAUAGACGCCGACCUCCUAGUAAACAGAAACCUGGACGAGUUCUUCGCCUACCCUCAGCUGACGGCCGCCGGAAACUAUCAGAAACACCUCUUCAACUCCGGGUUGAUGCUGGUGGAGCCGUCGCAGUGCACGUUCGACGUCCUGAUUAAGAAGAUGAGGGUGGUGGAAUCCUACAACGGCGGAGAUCAGGGGUUCUUAAACGAGAUGUUUGCAUGGUGGCACCGCCUGCCGGCGCAGCUGAACUACCUGAAAGUGUUCGUGGAUCCCAAUGAUCAUCUGCAUUGGAUAAACAAGGAGGUUUAUGCUGUGCAUUAUACGGGCCUGAAGCCAUGGAAGUGUUUCAAACAACUUGAUUGUAACUGGGAUGUGGAGAGAUUCCACAGAUAUGCGAGUAGCUCGGCGCACAGGAUGUGGUGGCGGGUUUACAGGGCCAUGCCGGAGAAGCUGAGGCCAUACUGCUCACAGGGCGGCGGACAUGGAAGCAAGAACAGUGCGAACUUUUCUACGGCAAAGGGUCAUCCUGUCGUGAGCAUUAAGGGUACAUAGCCAUGGAAAACUCAAAGGUUUUUCUUGCAAGAAUUUUUGAAGAAGUCGCGAUUUUACUCAGACUUGUGCUGGUCUUUAGUUUCGAUCCAUCCUGUAUUUCAAUUGAUUGUAAACAAAACAAGAAAAGUGUAUCUUAAUAUAU